ACAGUUAGCAGCAGCAGCUCGAGGAGGACAAGGAAAGUGCAGAAAACCUUCAAAACAUGACACACUGAGCAUCAUGGACGUUUAUAAAACGGACUAAAUCAAGAUUUUAAUUUGUUUUAGAUCAUAUGCUGCUUUUUAAUGUGACGGCUUUCUGAACGCUGAGUGUCCUUUUGUGAAGUUAGCAUUGGGCACCAGUCAUUUGUUUACCCUGGCUCUGUGCUGAAGAUGAAUGCUCUGGUUGCUCUCUGUCACUUCUGUGAACUCCAUGGCCCUCGCACAUUGUUUUGCACUGAGGCGCUGCACCCUCCGUCCCCAUCCCCGUCAUCUCAGGCAGGUGUCCCAGUGCCUGGAGACAGGGACCGAGAUGGAGACCGGGAAGGUGAAGGGCUGACCAUGAGGGCCAACAGCUCGGCCACACAGAGAGGAGAAAUGUGUGACGGAUGUCGAUCUCUUCCUGCAUCUCACCCGGGCUUCGUGAGCAUCGAUGAUGAAACAGGCAUACGCUUCCUGAGCCACCAGCAUCCCAGACAGCCACAGUUGUUCAGUGUGGUGCGCCAGGCCUGCGUUCGCAGCCUCAGCUGUGAGGUAAACAGUGACGUGUGUCCCGGUCGUGAAGGGCCAAUUUUCUUUGGAGAUGAGCAACACGGUUUUGUGUUCUCGCACACUUUCUUUAUCAAAGACAGUCUGGCCAGAGGCUUCCAGCGCUGGUACAGUAUUGUCAUGGUAGCAAUGGACAGGAUCUACCUUAUCAAUUCCUGGCCUUUCCUGUUACGCCACCUUAGACUCACUAUACAGAGCCUGCAAAGCACAGCCCUCAAGGUGUUUGACAAUGAACAAGGAGUUUGUCCCCAGCGAGCAGUGAGGAUGAACAGUGUCUUCUCACCUGCAGUUUUCCCACACCAAAGGAGUGGCAACGCAGCCCGGUCACUAACUUCUCUCACCCAGCAUCCCAACCUCUGGGCCAGCCUGCACUCCUCCUUUAGCUGGCUACUGAAGGCCUGUGGGAGCCGUCUGACAGAGAAGCUGCUGGAGGGAGCCCCCACCGAGGACACACUGGUGCUCAUAGAGAGACAGACAGAGCAAGAGGAGGAAAUGAGCUGCUGGGAGGGAGCAGAAGGAGGCGGUUCAAAGUCACAGCGGCAUCUGUCGGAGAGCGAGCUGGGCCACGACUUCCUGUGUGAUUAUGCAAAAUUAGACGAGUUACCUGGCCCAAAAUUUAGGUCACUGAGGCACUUGAGACAGGUCCUCGGGGCUGCAGAGUUUCGUCAGCUAGUGUGGCACGUGCUCAUGGGAAAUCAGGUCAUAUGGAGAGGCGCAGACCCCGGGCUCAUCCAGUCUGCUUUUACAGUGCUAAAGUCUCUGGUGCCAGUAGGUUGUGUGCGUUCUGUGCCGUACAGUGCUCAGUACGAGGAGGCCUACAAAUGCAACUUCCUGGGCCUCAGCCCAGAUGUUCCUAUUCCAACCCACGUCAGCUCCUCAGAGUUUUCAGUGCUGGUGGAUGUCAGUUCAGAGAGAAGCUGUCAGAUCUCAGUCAUGGGCGAAGACGAUGUUUCCUCACUUUAUCAGUUCACUAUCAGCAGUGCCAACACACAGCCCACAGACAGGGGUCCCACGUUACUGAACAAGCUUGAGGUGGCUCUGAACAACGAGAACUUGUCUGUGGACGUCGUAUCUCACUGCCUAUUGUGUCUGAAGGAGGAGUGGAUGAAUAAGGUCAAAGUGCUGUUUAAAUUCUCCAAAGUGGACGGGCGAGGGAGGGAGGACACCCAGAAGGUUCUGGCCCUCCUUGGCGCCACAGGACCCGGUGAGGAGGACAACGUCAGGCUGCUUAAGUUCUGGAUGACUGGACUCAGCAAAACCUACAAGAGUCAUUUAAUGACAGCAGUGCGAGGAGGUGAGAGGAGCCCCAGCCAGUGACAAAAAAGAAACGAAGAGGAGGAGGCAGAGGGGCAACAGAAUGGGGGAUUAAAGAGGGGAAAUACUAAAGAAAGGAAAGUGAAAGCAAGAAUCCUUUCACCGGUUAGGCACUGGGAUUGUUUGGGACUUUUAGUGGGUUGAAAGAGGAAUGUGAAUGGAUGACAGAGACGCUUUGUCUCAUCUGUUAUUGUCUGUUUAAGUAAUGAGAAAUCUACUAUUCCUAACCCUGAUGAUCACCCUGCACAGAUGAAACACAUCCAGCCUGUUUGGAUAAUGUAUGAGGCUGGAAUUAUUGUACAAGCCUCAACGUACUAAUAUGUAAAGUUUAACUUAUUACUAAAAGACUUUGCACUUUGUUUACUCUUUUUCUGACCAUUUUAAAAUGAAAUAAACAAAUGUCACUCCGA